UUUUUUUCGAGCGGUGAGAUUCUGUUGUGAAUGCAGUGCAACUGCCGCCGCGCUGGUUCCUAUUUUCGGUGAUUUUAAUCCGUCUUUUACGUGCGUUUCAAAUGGCUUCUUUCGUGUUCGAUCAUGUUUUCAUCCGGUCGUCGGUGAAGUGAUUCGGGGAUUGUUUCGUGUGGAAAUCAAGCAAAGUGCGCGAAGUGUUGAAGAUCGAAGUCGGCGUUGGAAUUUGGUCGUUUGGACGAAAAAAAGGAGGAACGAUUUUUGGCGUGCAUCAAACACAUCCGGCCUAGAGGAGGAGGAAAACCAUGGGUGACAGCAAAAACAUUCGGGUGGCCGUCCGGGUGAGGCCCUUCAACCGGCGGGAAUUGGAGCAGAACCAGCGGAACAUCAUCAAGGUCCUGGACAGUUCGACGCUGAUGUUCGACCCGGACGAGGACGAGGACGAGUUCUUCUUCCACGGUAUGAAGCAAACGCACCGGGACAUUACGAAGCGCGUCAAGAAGAAGCUCGCGAUGGAGUACGACAGCGUGUUCGACGCCGAGGCCAACAACGAGGACAUUUUCCGUGGCUGCACACAACCGCUGGUCACGUCGGUGAUGGACGGGUACAACUGUUCGGUGUUUGUGUAUGGGGCUACCGGGGCCGGCAAGACGUUUACGAUGCUCGGGAGCGACGAGUGUCCGGGGAUUACGUUUCUGACGAUGCGGGAACUGUUCCGGCAGAUUGAGACGCUGAGCGGGACGAGGAAGUUUGACAUUGGCAUUUCGUACUUGGAGGUUUACAACGAGUUGGUGAUGAAUCUGCUGACCAAGACGGGCCCGCUGAAGCUGCGGGAGGAUUCUCACGGCGUGGUCGUUAGUGGGUUGGUGCUGAAGCAGAUUCACAAUGCGGAAGAGCUGCUGGAGCUUUUGGCGCUUGGGAAUCAAAAUCGAACGCAGCAUCCGACGGACGCGAACGCCGAAAGUAGUCGCAGUCACGCGAUCUUCCAGGUGCACAUUCGGAUGGUGGACAAGACGACGGGCCAGAAGAAGACGGUCAAGCUGUCGAUGAUUGAUUUGGCGGGCAGUGAACGGGCGGCCAGUACGAAGGGAAUCGGCAUUCGGUUCAAAGAGGGUGCGAACAUCAACAAGAGUUUGCUUGCGCUCGGCAAUUGCAUCAACAAACUGGCCGACGGCCUCAAGCACAUCCCGUAUCGAGACUCGAACCUCACACGAAUUCUGAAGGACAGUCUCGGUGGAAACUGCCAGACGGUCAUGAUCGCCAACGUUUCGCCAUCUUCGCUCACCUACGAAGACACCUACAACACGCUGAAGUACGCGUCGCGUGCCAAGAAGAUCCGAACGACUCUACGGCAAAAUAUCGUCCCCACGAACGUUCCCAAGGAGUACCUCGUCAAAAAGGUCAACGAGCAAGCCGCCGAGAUCGACCGGCUAAAGGCCAAACUCAAGGAGGUGGAAGAGCUGGCAAAGGCCAAGGUGGCGUCACCUCCGGCAGCUGGCAAAUUCGGCAUGCCCGACGCAGUGCUGCUCAACACGUGGCGCUCGCGAAUCGACAACUGCUACGCGAUCGUCAAAAAGGCCCAGGAACACUACUUCAACCUGCAGAGCAAGGAAAAGGUGCUUAAUUUGCGCAGCAAGCUGAAGGAACAGGCCGAAAUCAUCAAGAAGAUCGUCACGCUGGAUGGCAAGCAUCUGAAUGAGGACAUUGCCCGCUUGGAGGCCUCCAUCGAUCGGUACGGAAAGCAGGUGGCACGCCAGAAGGAAGAGAUGAACCGGUGGGCCAAACGGUACCGAGACGCCCUCCGAAGCGUGGAAGCGCUGCGUUCCGAAGUAAACUCUUCGGAACUGGCGCCGCUCUUGAGCUUCCACAUGACGGCAAGGGCCAGUGAAAUCGAUGCCGCCAAGUCGCACCUCAAAAAGAGCCACAUGAUGAAGAUCAACAUCAUCUACAUUGACGAGAACCGCCAGUGGGAGAAGAUCAUGCAGCUGAGCGCGGAGAUAAUUCAGCAAAAUUACCUGCUGCUUCGCAGCAUGGGCCGGCUGGACAAUGUGAUGCUGGAGAAGAUGGAACGGCUGGUGAAGCUGGAUCACUGCCAGCGGGGAGUCAAAUUCACCGACGACGACGAUCAGGGUGAACUGAUGAAGGAGGUCAAUAUCACAGACACGAGCAUCGAAGAAAUCACCAACCUUUCCGACUGUUACGAUGGCGGCGCGGAUGACAUGGAAAUGGAUUGUGGCGUGAAGCGAUUGAAGGACGACGAUGACGAAAGCGAACCAGAGCACGACUUCAAGAAGCACAAGUAUGAAGCGAACAUGGCCGAAUUCAAGAAGCCAAAAGCUCUUCGACCGCUCAAUUUCAAACCGCAAAGCUUGAGCGUCAAGACCACAGUCACCAGAAAGACUCCGACCAAGGCCCAGAAAACGACCACCAUUGCGCAGUUCAAAGUACCUAAAUUGAUGAUCAGUGGACCGUCAAAACCAUCCAGUGGCAAGAAACAGCGACAACAGGCUGCGAACUCAUCUACCUCAUCGAACGAUGCCAGUGACGCUUCCGACGGACCCGACGAGAACGUCAACAGCACCUUCUGCAUCGAUUCAGCCCAAAGUACAGCCAACUCCUUGUUCUCAAACGUACUCGUGGAGAGCAACGUGGAUCCGCAAGUUUUGAACAAAGUACUCCGCCGAGCAUCAACAAAAGGCAACGUGAUUUCCAAGGUGACGCUAACGCUAAACAAAGAAAACCGGAAGUUCAGUCCGAAGCGAGUAGGCAAAAGCCCACGACCGCUGAUUCGAGCCAACAGUCGAUCUCACAGCACAGCGGCCAGCGUAAUCAGCCGGUACCGGAUGAUGAAGGCGGGCGCCGUCUCCAGUUCCUCGUCGACCACGGCAAAACUCACCGCCACCACGCCGAAAAAGGGCCUCAAGAGCACGUACGACAGCGACGGCGAGCGGAAGGCGCCGCCGCGUCUCACCAAGAAGUAGUCCGGGCGAUCUGUACACAUCGGAAUAUUUUAUACUCGUUUUAUUUUUCUUUUUAAAUCUUGUGAAUGUAACUAUAUUUCUUAGGCUUGUGCGUUGCUUUACCGAGACGAACGAAACAAAACAAAAAAAGUGCGGAGGCUUUCCUGCUGUGAGGUUGAAAUGUGUUGAUCGUAUUCAUCUCUUUGCAUUUGUAUUCAAAUGUUAUUCAAUAAAAGAAGUAGAAAUCGGAAGCCCCUUGGAGUAGAGUACGGCCAGUGAAAAUCAGUAAAUAUAAUAAAUGGUUUAUGUAGCACAACUUAGCCAUCGAGAAUAGUUGCGUAUCAAUAUUCAUAAGCUUGCGAUACAAAUAUAGAGCAAUUUUAUUUAUAGCUGCAACCUAACAUAAUACAAUGCUUUAAAUAUAAAGUUAAAAAAUAAA